UGACUUUUUAGUUACCCCCUUCCUCACUCUCAAUCUUCUUAUAUCCCCCCCAAGUUCCCGUAAUUUUCUUUUUCCAUGACAAAAAUUAUAUUACUACUCGAUCAUCCCUUGCUCGUCUGAAUCCGUAAACAAGAAAAACAAGAAGAAGAGUAGUGAAAUGGGUCUUUGUAAUUCAUCCCUUUCCUCUUCCUCACCGUCCAAAACAGGUCUUCAGAGUCAUGCCUCGACGAACAACCACAGCAAUGGAACAAACAACAGCGUCGGAGGAGGAAGCCAAUUCGUGGAGGCUUCGCGCGAGAGUUCCGGUGUGUUUAUGAGUGAUUCAGGGCAGGUGUUGGAAUCGCCAAAUCUCAGAGUCUACAGCUUUCUGGAACUCAAGACGGCGACCAAGGGUUUCAAACAGGAUUUGAUGUUGGGUGAAGGAGGUUUUGGUAAAGUUUACAGAGGUUGGAUCCAUGCCGAGAGGCCCGAGACUCUUGCUCCUUCUAAAGGCGGCUCCGGUAUGACCGUCGCCGUCAAAAGAUUGAGCUCCGAGAGUGUGCAAGGCUUUGAAGAGUGGCGAACAGCAGUUAACUUCUUGGGUGUGCUUUCACACCCGAAUCUGGUGACGUUACUAGGAUACUGCCGUGAAGACAAAGAGCACCUGCUUGUCUACGAGUUCAUGCCCAAAGGAAGCCUUGAGUAUCAUCUUUUUCAACGAAAGGAGUCUUUUCCUUGGGAUCUAAGGAUCAAGAUUAUGAUCGGUGCAGCACGUGGCCUUGCAUAUCUUCACGGCUUACAAAGACAAGUCAUCUACAGAGACUUCAAACCUUCUCAAAUACUGCUCGAUUCCAAUUAUGAAGCAAAGAUUUCAGGUUUUGGACUAGCAAAGUUAGGACCAUCACAAGAGAAUUCACACGUUUCGACUAGGGUAAUGGGAACAUUUGGCUACGCUGCUCCUGAAUAUUUGGCAACAGGCCAUUUAUACGUUAAAAGUGAUGUAUACGCCUUUGGUGUGGUCUUACUGGAAGUACUGACCGGACUAAGAGCGUGUGACCCAAAACGGCCUCGCGGACAAGAGAGUCUACUCGACUGGUUAAGACCUAAACUCUCAAGCAAACACAAAGUGAAACAAAUAAUAGACAAAGGAAUCAAAGGUCAAUACUCAUCCAAGGUGGUGACCGAAUUGGGACGUAUAACACUCUCUUGUACCGAACCAGACCCGAAAAACCGACCUCACAUGAAAGAAGUACUGGACGUACUCGAAAACAUCCAGUGCAUUAACGUCGUCCCAGGCCGUUCUUCCACUAAUUCGGCCGGUGCUAGUACUCGAAAACAUCCAGUGCAUUAGCGUCGUCCCAGGCCGUUCUUCCACUAAUUCGGCCGGUGCUAGUUCUUCUCAUUCGAUCCCCACGUCACUAUUAGUAUUGGUAUCGAGUUGGCGCAGCCGGAGCUGAACGUCAGCGUAGACGGUCUGGAAUAAAGAAAUAAAAUGGUUGUAUGAUGAUCAUGAUGAUGUUUUUUUCAACGCACAAUAAGGUUUUAGAGUCUCUUUGGUUUGUGUUACAAAAAAAAAAAGAGUCUUUGGUUUUAUGUUUUAAGAUGAGAGUAACUAUAAUGUGUUUGGUGAACAUAUUAUUUGUGUUUUGUGUACAAUAGGGUUGAAUUCUU